UGACAAUGUCAAAUGUCAACGUCAACCCGUGUUUUGCUAGUCAUCAGUUUGUAUGAAAUUCUGUUUUACGAAAACUAAAAAUAUUAAUAUUUAAAAAAAUGGAAGCCGAACGUGAAAAAGCUCUACAAGAUUAUAGGAAAAAACUGAUGGAGCAUAAGGAAGUGGAGUCCCGUUUAAAAGAAAUGCGAGAGCAACUUAAAGAUCUAACAAAGCAGUAUGAUAAAUCAGAAAAUGAUUUAAAGGCUCUACAAAGUAUGGGACAAAUUGUCGGUGAAGUACUAAAGCAGCUCACAGAAGAGAAGUUUAUUGUAAAAGCAACAAACGGACCCCGCUAUGUCGUGGGCUGUCGCAGGCAAUUGGACAAGGCCAAAUUAAAAGCAGGUACUCGAGUAGCCUUAGAUAUGACUACUUUAACUAUUAUGAGGUAUCUUCCUCGUGAAGUUGAUCCUCUAGUAUACAACAUGAGUCAUGAGGAUCCAGGUGAUGUGACCUAUUCUGCUAUUGGAGGAUUAUCAGAACAAAUCCGUGAACUAAGAGAAGUUAUUGAACUGCCACUCCUCAAUCCAGAACUUUUUAUGAGAGUUGGUAUUACACCUCCAAAAGGCUGUCUUUUAUAUGGGCCUCCUGGCACUGGUAAAACAUUACUUGCCAGGGCGGUGGCCUCCCAACUCGAUGCAAAUUUCUUGAAAGUUGUCUCUAGUGCUAUUGUCGAUAAGUAUAUUGGUGAAUCGGCCAGGCUGAUUAGAGAAAUGUUUAACUAUGCUAAAGAUCAUCAACCCUGUAUCAUAUUUAUGGAUGAAAUUGAUGCUAUUGGAGGUCGACGUUUUUCUGAAGGUACAUCUGCUGAUAGAGAGAUUCAACGUACGUUAAUGGAGCUUCUGAAUCAGAUGGACGGUUUUGAUUCACUUGGACAAGUAAAAAUGAUAAUGGCCACAAACAGACCUGACACAUUAGAUCCUGCACUUCUUAGACCUGGCAGAUUAGAUCGUAAAAUUGAAAUUCCUCUGCCUAAUGAACAGGCUAGGUUAGAAAUUUUAAAAAUUCAUGCAGGCCCCAUAGCUAAACAUGGUGAAAUUGAUUAUGAAGCAAUUGUAAAACUCUCUGAUAACUUUAACGGAGCUGACUUGAGAAAUGUGUGUACUGAAGCAGGAUUAUUUGCUAUAAGAUCUGAAAGGGAAUAUGUUAUACAAGAAGAUUUUAUGAAGGCAGUUAGAAAAGUAGCAGAUAACAAGAAACUUGAAAGCAAGUUAGAUUAUAAGCCUGUUUAAAUUUUUAAAUGGAAAAAGUAAUUUUAUGUUUAAAGGAUUUCUUAUAAUAAUAAAAAAAAA